GCACCAUGCCAAACUACAAACUGUUUUAUUUUAAUAUGAGGGGGAGAGCAGAAAUUAUUCGUUAUAUAUUUGCUUACCUGGACAUAAAGUAUGAAGAUUACAGAAUAGAACAAGCUGACUGGCCAAACAUCAAGCCAACUCUUCCAUUUGGCAAAAUCCCUGUUUUGGAGGUAGAAGGACUUAAGCUUCAUCAGAGCCUCGCAAUAGCAAGAUAUUUGACCAAAAACACAGAUUUGGCUGGGAAGACGGAGUUGGAGCGAUGUCAAGCUGAUGCAGUGGUGGACACACUGGAUGAUUUCAUGUCACUUUUUCCAUGGGCAGAGAAAAAUCAAGAUGUAAAAGAGCGGAUGUUCGAGGAGUUGCUCACACGUCAUGCACCUCGCCUUCUCAAAGACUUGGACACAUACUUAGGGGACAAGGAGUGGUUUAUUGGCAACUAUCAGGUAACUUGGGCAGACUUCUACUGGGAUGUCUGCAGCACCACACUUUUGGCAUUAAAGCCUGACUUGCUGGACGUCCACCCCAGGCUGGUAUCAUUACGGAACAAAGUCCAAGCUAUCCCUGCCAUUGCUACUUGGAUACAAAAGAGGCCACAGACCAAACUGUAGAUGAUACAGGCCCCAGCACCAGAUGAGAGCGCUCCAUCAGCCUGCUAGAUGAUCAGCAUGCUUCUCACUACCACUAGGACUCUCGGUUGCUUUCUGCUUGCUAUGCAUAAUUCUUUUGUUGUAUGGUUUUGUCUUUAUUUCUGUAGGCAUUUAGUCUCCAGUAUUUUACUUUUCCAGAACUUUAUACUUUUCUUUAUAAUUGGAGGGAAAUAGUUCACAAUACAUGCUGCUUUGCAUUGAUAUCAAUUGUCACGCAUGCUUUUGCUAAACAAUAC